AUGAGGUUUGACAAAAAGGGAAAAUUAAGUCCUCGGUAUGUAGGACCCUUCGAGAUCUUAGAAAAGGUUGGAGCAAUGGCAUACCAUUUGGCACUACCGCCUGACCUCUCGAAUAUCCAUCUACUAUUUCAUGUGUUGAUGCUUAGAAAGUAUAAUCCAAAUCCAUCUCAUGUAAUACAAUAUGAAACUAUUCAGUUAAGAGAUGACUUAACCUAUGAGGAGCAACCGGUGGAUAUUCUUGAUAGGCAAGUCAAAAAGCUCCGUUCAAAGGAUGUAGCCUUAGUGAAAGUAUUAUGGCGAAACCACACCAGUGAAGAGGUAACGUGGGAGGCUGAAGAGGAUAUGCAAACAAAGUAUUCUCACCUCUUUAAUACAUAG